CGCUAAUUUUUCUCUAAAGAAUGCAUUAUUGAAUUACAUAAUAUGUAAACAUUGCUUGAAGUGCCAAUGACAACAAACGUAUGCCGUAAGUGAAAAUGAACCAUUUUCGAAAUAACUUAUCACGGUUCCGAUUGAUUACGUUCGAUGUCACUGAUACUUUGCUGGAAUACUCUAUGCGCCCUGAGCUGUAUUAUUUGCAAGUGAUAAAUAGUGUCUUAGAGCCGCGGCUUGGGCUUUCAAUCGAAGAGAAAGCAAUCGGCACCUCAUUUGUGCGAUGCUUUGGCAAAAUGAAAAAGCAAUAUCCCAAUUUCGGGUGCGGCCGAAAGCAAUUCAGCCAACCAGCUUUCAGCAACCAUAAAAUACAGGAUGAGAACUGGCGUUGGUGGUGGCGCACCCUUGUAGAGCAAGUUAUACUAGAUGCUGCGGCGGACUCUGAUUGUCAUGCGAUCCCAUCACCAAUUCUCACCACGAUUGCAGAGCAGCUUAUCGACGAUUAUACAUUUGAUGCGAAACACAUCUGCUGGAGGCAGCGACCCGGGAUUGCAGACUUUCUGAAGAAAUUGCGCAUACCAGGACGUAUAAUAGGUAUUGUAUCGAAUUUUGAUCCUCGAUUAGAGAUAAUUCUGCGCAACAACGGCAUAAACCGAUCUGACGACGUCCAAUCAGGAGCAAUCGAUUUCAUUCUUACCAGCUACGAUGUUGGCGUGGAAAAGCCAGACCCAACAAUAUUUGAAAUAGCUCUAAAGCGAGCAAACCUGCUUAAUACUUCAUCUGAUAACAUUAUACGUCCCUGCGAAGCUCUGCACAUCGGUAAUCUAUGUCGCGAAGAUUACACCGGAGCCCGUAAUGCCGGUUGGCAUGCGCUUCUCGUGAAUGUAACACAGACGAAGAAGAAUCAUGAGCUCUUUUCAGCUAUUCCAUCCAAGUAUAUUUUUACAGGCCUUCCCGAUUUGCAAAACCGAAUGGAAAAAGAUGCAUCCUUCCAAUGGUAAAUCGAUGAAUUGGUUCAAUACGAAUAAUACGAAAUAAUUCAAUAAAUCAAUACGAAACUUCGAAAUGAUUAGUUAUAUGUAACCACACCAUAAUAUAUGUAUAGACUAUGUGAUAUUAUGUGAUGUGCUUACUCAUUCGGUAAAAUAUUCUCGCUCAAUAUAUGCAUACAUAAUGUUAAUUUAGUAAGAAA